AUGGCAUUGUUUCAAGUAGAUGGAUGGGAUUUAAAGAACGAGAAGGUUGCACCUGGCCUUGCUCCCAACAAAAAGAAGGAAAAGAAGGACAAAAAGAAGGCUAAAAAGGUAGAAGCAGCCGUUCAUGAAAAAGAGUCCAGAGAACAAAAGACAAAGGAAAAGUCGAAGGAAACGACAGCUGAAAAACCGAAGAAAGAAUCAUCAUCAGAGGGUGUGGAUAAGAAAUCCAAGAAGAGAAAGCAUCAAGAAGAUGAAAAAAUAGAGGUUGAUCAAACACCUACAAGUCUCGACAAGCCAUUACCGGUGUCAAGCAACAAGUUAACACCAUUACAACAAAAGAUGAUGGCCAAGCUCUCCGGGUCUAGAUUCAGAUGGAUAAACGAGCAGCUAUAUACCAUCAGCAGUGAAGACGCUCUCAAAUUAAUCAAACAACAACCCUCAUUAUUUGAUGAAUAUCACCAAGGAUUUAGAUCGCAAGUGCAAUCAUGGCCCGAAAACCCAGUUGAUGUUUUCGUGGAACAAAUCAAAGAAAGAGGUAGUACGAGACAAGUGAACGCACCAGGAGGAUUACCUGGGUUACCUAAUAAACAAGUUGUGAUUGCCGAUAUGGGAUGCGGUGAAGCACAAUUAGCAUUAGACGUUAAUAACUUUACCCAACAAUAUAAUAAAGCAAAUAAGGGAAAACAAAAUAAAAAGUUUGGUAAGAAGAAUAACGGUCAAAGAAAUGGAGGACCCACCAACCUAAACGUUGAAGUACACAGUUUCGACUUGAAAAAAGUGAAUGAUCGUAUAACGGUUGCUGAUAUCAAAAACGUUCCGUUAGAAGAUGAAUCAUGCAGUGUUGUGAUAUUUUGCUUAGCGUUAAUGGGUACUAACUUUCUCGACUUCAUAAAAGAAGCAUACCGUAUAUUAGCUCCCAGAGGUGAAUUAUGGAUUGCAGAAAUUAAAUCAAGAUUUACCGAGCUGGCUUCUGCAAGUAAUAAACCAACCAAACCCGAAGAUAUCGGAGCUGAAUUUGUGGAUGCGCUAAAACUCUGUGGAUUCUUCCACAAAAAAACCGAUAACGACAAUAAAAUGUUUACCAGAUUCGAGUUCUUCAAACCUCCUCAAGAUAUCAUCGAUGAAAGAAGGGCAAAAUUAGACCGAAAGAAAAAAUUCAUCGAGCAACAAACCGAAAAAGAAAACUUUGACCAAAAGAGAGAAGAUAAACCUGAAGGCGAAUGGUUAUUAAAGCCAUGCAUCUACAAGAGAAGAUAACUUUCCGUAUAUUACGUACAUACAUUAAAUGCAC